CCCCCAAACAAUGCUGAAGGCGCCCCCAAUGGCCUUAUGCAGGGUUCUGUGCACCUGUGUUUUUUAGGCACCUUAAGCUCUAUAAUCUCGCCAGCGUUGUCUUCCAGGUUAUCAGUGGCGCUCUCGCUGCCUGCGUGUGCGCAGUGUGGUUGGACGCGCUCGGGAUUGACGCAUCAACCCCAUCACCAACGCUGCACUGCAUCACACUACCUAACAACCUUACCUGACCAUCACCGCUACCGACCUCUACCACCAGUGACUGCGUUUGUCUCGACUGACUGAUGAUUUAUUUUACAUACUCGCCUUCUCAUCUUUUACUAUCCUACUAUCCAUCAACACCAGCCCUGUGUUGUUGCUCCCAUUUCAUUCCACUUGCAUCUAAGCCGUCUCUCUUGCAGUACCAGCACUUUCCGCCCUGCAUUGCCAGGCGAAAACAAAGAACUACCUCCCGCACAAACACAACACCUCCCAUGGUCAAGCAAUCUGGGUGGCCAGCCGGACCUCUAGUUCUAUCCGAAGCAGACAGACAUCAAAUCCAAACCGCCUUGCGAUAUCUGAACCGGUUACAAGCUGAUCUGACCUGAGCAUACGACGCGUGUGCUCCUGCCAGGAGCUCGUCGACCAGCCGCCAAAACGCAUUCCUCAAAGCAACUGCUUAUUCCACUUCUUAAACCGCCUUGACAUCUUUCAAACCGUCCACAACCUCGUUUCACUGUCUUCAUUCUCGUGUGCUGCAAAUAUUCAAUGGGCCAACAACAGUCGAAAAGCAGCGAUGGAUCUAAAACCCCAAUAAAGAGUAAUUCUUCCUCCAGUCUCGUACCUGACAGCCUGCAACAAUACCCCUCCAUAUCCAGAUCCGACACCAAGGAGAGUACUUCGAGGUCGAUCCGUUCUUCUAUCAGGAGCAAAAUCAAGAGUUCGGGAGAUGAAAAGACAAACGAUAGUCCGCGAGCCUCAGGCUCUGCUCUGGCGGGUCUGGAGGGUUCAAAUACAGACAGAGGAGAUGCGAGUUCGAUCGCGAGUGGCCGGUCAGGCUCCUCUCGUGCCACGAAAGAGAGGGCCGCAAGCGCGCCGCUGGUAGAAUCUCCCACAUCGCCUACGGAUAACGAUGAUAUCCCGUCCCCAGGGACUGCCACGCCCGCUCGACCGCCAUCGCCAACUCAGUCCAAGUCUGUUGGCAAAGGCCACAAAUCGGUAGACCGUGCGCAGCGGACUGGAGAGGUGGGGGCGGUCUCUGACGAAGCACCUCAUCAGGCUCACAUUCACUCGUCGACUCAGAAGGCAGGAGAGUCCAUCUUGGUGAAACGCGAAAACCAAAUCAACCCUCGAACGCCCGAAACGAAAGCCUCACUCCGCGCCAAGCUGGCGGAUUUGCCCGGCGGAGCAUCACCUGGCCAGAGUAUGGCGAUUGGAGAUGUGAACGAUAUGGACUUGGAUGAUAUGAUAUCACGGCUCCUCGACGCAGGAUAUAGUACUAAGGUCACCAAGGCUGUGUGCCUGAAGAACGCCGAAAUUACCGCCGUUUGUAUGGCUGUGCGGGAAGUUCUGCUGUCGCAGCCGGCGCUGCUGGAACUGAACGCCCCGGUCAAGAUUGUGGGCGAUAUUCACGGCCAAUACAACGACCUCAUCCGCCUAUUCGAAAUGUGCGGCUUCCCGCCAACUGCCAACUUUCUCUUUCUGGGGGACUACGUGGAUCGGGGAAAGCAAUCUUUGGAGACGAUCCUCUUGUUAUUCUGCUAUAAGCUGAAAUAUCCCGAGAACUUCUUCAUCCUCCGCGGCAACCAUGAAUGUGCGAAUGUGACGCGGGUGUACGGGUUUUAUGAUGAAUGUAAACGACGAUGCAACAUCAAGAUUUGGAAGACGUUCAUCGAUACCUUCAACUGUCUCCCGAUCGCUGCCAUUGUGGCAGACAAGAUCUUCUGUGUCCACGGCGGUCUGUCACCCAGUCUGUCUCAUAUGGACGACAUUCGACAAAUUGCCCGCCCCACGGAUGUUCCCGAUUACGGUCUGCUCAACGAUCUGUUAUGGAGUGAUCCGGCAGAUAUGGAUCAGGACUGGGACUCCAACGAACGGGGAGUGAGCUACUGUUUUGGCAAGAAGGUGAUUGUGGACUUUCUUGCCCGGCAUGAUUUCGACUUGGUCUGCCGCGCACACAUGGUGGUGGAAGAUGGUUAUGAAUUUUUCAAUGAUCGAUUGCUUGUUACAGUCUUCUCCGCUCCCAAUUACUGCGGUGAGUUUGACAAUUGGGGUGCUGUCAUGUCAGUCUCCAGCAAUCUGUUGUGCAGCUUCGAACUAUUGAAGCCUCUUGACUCCAGUGCCCUGAAGAGUCAUAUUAAGAGGGGCAGGAACGCUCGACAAAAUAUGCUCAACAGCCCGCCUGCACAAGUAUCUGCUCAAAGUUACUAAAAAUCUGGCCCAGACAAAAAGCAACUACAGCAAUCGGUGCUGUCAAGGGUGUCUUCAUUAUGUUCGACCGUUGAGGGCUGCGGCCAGUCGAAGCCGACUGCUCACGAAGCAAAGUCCCAGUGGAUGGCGCAGGUCUACAGCCGACUUUGCAGGCUGUGGUGGUGACUUGAUCGCGUUUUUGUUGAUAAGUGCUCACAGUGAGCUCCUCCGGCGUAGGUUUGGCGUUCUGCUGGCCGAUUGGGCCGAACAGCGAAGUGGUAGGGGUACCGGAGAAGCAUGUCUUGAACAACAACUGAACUUUCGGAGAUGAAUCAGACUCGGAUGGAGUUGAAACGAACCAGCUGGUGGUGGGCUUUGUGCCUGGAGUGUAUUAUUGCUUCCUCGAUAUGAAUUGUACGAGUUGGACGGAAGGAGAACGGGUACCUUAGCUGUGCUGUGCAGUGCUUCCAGGUCGCAAGACGACGAGCAAUAGUGAUGCGAUGAAGAUGGAACAGAUCGUGGCGCAGCAGCACGUACAAAACUCACUUUAUGAACCAGGCACUGUUGCCAGGAAGUCCCUGAGGAGAAAUCCCCUGCUCUAGUAUGCCACUUUGUUGGCGAUGCCCUCUUCCUAACUUUGAGAUCUGAUGUGCUCUUGCAGUUUUCAGCAGUGAGGAUGAAUGAAAGGUUCAAUUGAUAAACUUGAAACAAGACG